AUGUCCAAACCACUCAACAACAAGAAAAAGCACGAGGAAACAACAGCAACCUAUGACAUGUGGGCAAGCAGUAGCGAUGAUGAGGAAAACAAACAUGAUAUGAAAGAAGAGGAUAAUGACCAACGUUUGCAAGAUGAUGCUUCCGAUGAUGAAAAUAACGGAGAGCAGGUAUCACAAGAGAAUAGUAUUAAAGAAAUGCUGGACAAAGCCGAUGAUGACAAACCCAUCUUUUUACUCUCUCAAUUUCCUUCGGAGAUGGAAGUGAAAUUCAUUACAGAGAAUUAUCCUUUAAAAGUUUCGGAAAAUGCUUUCAAAGUACCAUCUAAUUUCACAAGAUUUGGACUUUCGGAAGUGAUUAAUCAACUAUUAAUUCAAGAACAUUCGGAAGAGAAUCAUCCAAAACAUGUUCCUUUUGAAUUUUUGAUCGAGUAUAAACCUGGAAAGAAGAUAUUCUUGAGAACAAGCCUUGCAAAAUUCUUUACAAAACUUCAAAUAUGGCCAGAAUCAGCAAUUACUUUGGAAUAUAUUGAAGCACAACCUGCUCCAAAAUGUGUGGAUAGCAUUCCUCAUGAUGAUUGGGUGAGUGCUUUAUCAUUGGUACUUCACACUUCAGGAAGCAGUCUCACUUCCAAUGUUGCUGAUAAUCAAUAUCUCAUUUCAGGAUGUUAUGAUGGUGUGGUGAGAGUGAUUGAUACCACACUCGGUAAAAUUGUGCAUCAAACCAAACAGUCCAAGGUACCAAUUACUGGUCUUGCUACUUGUUAUAUUGCCGAACAUCAUACAAGUUCAGAAGACAAAUCAUUUUCUGUAGGUGAUAUUCUAAUUGCUGGAUGUGGUAAAGAUGAAUAUGGAAGAGUAUGGGUUUCAAAUCCAUCUGAGGAAAAGAUGAGAAUGAAAAUGUUACUGAAUGGACAUACAGACACUGUGAAUGAUAUUUGUUUGCAUCCACGAGGAACGAUGAUUUGUACUGCCUCCGAGGAUAGAUCCUUAAAGUUAUGGCAAGUAGAUUUGACACGAUCUCAGAGUGCACUUUUCUAUGAGAAUAAUCUUCCAGCAAAUGAUGAAAAUGAUGAUGACGAAGACUAUAAAGAGCCAACGAAAAAGAAGAAGAAAAUGCCAUCUCAAAUUCAACAAUAUGCACCAAUUGGAACAAUGGAAAGAAAAGAGAGUGAUAACCAAAAUGGCCAUCUGUUGGGAGUGACUUGUGUUAAAUGGAUUGAGGGAGGAAGGAUUGUUUCUGGAAGUUCUGACCACACCAUUCGUGUAUGGGACGUUGCAACAGGUGUUAACAGUAUCACACUCAACGGCAGUAAGGUUGUAACAUCUAUUUCAGUUAAGGACAACUCAGACAGUACCUCAGUGUUGAGCUCACAUCCAGAUUUUUUGAUUCGGUUGUGGGAUGCUCGACAGGGAGGCUCCAAAAAAGCAUCACUGUUCAGAUCCCAUCGAGGAUGGGUCCGUAAAGUGAAGUGGGUGAGUGAUUUUCAAUUUAUUUCUGGAGGUGACGACAAUGUUGUCAAGUUGUGGGAUAUUAGAAGCGGAAUUCCAAUCCACAGCACGCCACACUCGGUAAACCCAGAAAGAAAAACCAUUUCAACGGAUAAGGUUCUCUCGAUCGAAGGAUUUGCUCCUUUGGAAGGCCAAAUUAAGGAACAACAUAAUGUUGGUCAAUUGAAAUACCAUUUAUUCUCUGGAUCUACUGAUUGCACGCUCAAAAAGCAUACUAUGAGCCAAUAA